AUGGAUGCCUCCACGUCCAUCUCCUUGCUUCAAGCAGAGUACGAUUAUGUGGUCAUCGGCGGAGGUACAGCAGGUUUGGUCGUGGCAUCUCGUUUGUCUGAGAAUGAUCACGUCAAGGUAAUUGUCUUGGAAGCAGGCAAUAACCACCUCACAGACCCAAGGAUCAAUAUACCAGCGGGGUGGUCUGCGGUCUUGGGCUCUGAGGUCGACUGGGCUUUCCAAACGUCAGCGCAGGAACAUUUGGGUGGCAGAGUCCUUCGCCAUCCCCAGGGUCGAGUACUCGGAGGAUCAAGCGCAAUCAACGCUGAAGCCUUUAUCGCUCCAUCCAGCACUGACCUUGAAGCAUGGGAGCACCUCGGGAAUCCAGGCUGGAACUGGCAGGUGAUGAUGCCUUACUAUCGAAAGUGUUACACUCUCACUGCCCCGGACUCAGAGGUCUCUGAGCACCUUGGAAUUGACUGGAUCGACGAGGACGUUCGUGGACUUUCAGGUCCCAUUCAAGCUUCGUUUCAAGGCGCAAUUCAGGAUCCGUUAUCGAAAGCCUGGGUGCAGACCUUCAAAGGACUACAGCAUGGCCUUAAACGUGAUCCCUUUGCUGGUGAGGCUAUGGGUGGCUACAGUAGUCCCAUAACCGUUGACCCAGAGUCCAAGACCCGAAGCUACGCAGCCAACACUUACUAUGCUUCCGCCUCCCACCGGCCAAAUCUCACCGUACUGACUGGAGUCUCGGUGAAGAACAUCAUUCUGGACACGGGAAAUGGCCCGGUCACAGCGACAGGUGUCCAUGUGAGCGUAAAUGACCUAGAACACAUCGUGAAUGCUAGCAAAGAAGUGAUCCUCGCUGCUGGUGCUUUUCAAACACCGAAGCUCCUCGAGCUCUCGGGCAUAGGGGACAGAGAACUGCUAGAAACUCACGGUAUCCACGUUGUUAUUGACAACCCUAAUGUUGGAGAGAACCUCCAGGAUCACCUUAUGACAGGUAUCAGCUAUGAAGUGAUGGAUGGCAUUUUCACUGGGGACGGUCUAAUGCGUCAAGAGCCAGAGAUAACGCAAAUGGCCAUGCAGAUGUACACCACUGCAAAGGCCGGGCCUUUGUGUGCCGGUGGGAUAGGUUCAUACGCAUUCAUGCCACUUCUAAACUCUUUGGAUGGCGACAAAACGGCCGACCUUGAGCGCUUGCUGCUUGACUGCAAGUCACAAGACCCUAAAGAUGCCAUUCAUUUUGAGUUUGUGCGCUCAAUACUUGAGAGCGACAAGAAGGCAUCUGCUUCCAUGUUCAUGUUCCCUGCGCAGGUCAACCUUCACAACAGCCCUUCCGCGAAAAAUUUCACCCAGGACCUCGCCCCGGGAAACUACGUCAGUCUUGGUGUUGCCUUGCUACAUCCCCUUUCUCGCGGAAGCGUCCACAUCACGUCCGCCCACGCGUCUCAGGAGCCCCACAUUGACCCUAAGUACCUAUCUCAUGCGCUUGAUGUUGAGAUUUUCGCAACUCAUCUUAGAUUUCUGGAGCGGCUAGCCCAAUCUGAGCCACUUGCUUCGUUGCUCAAGCCUGAUGGAAGGCGAAACCAUCCGACGGCCUUCAUCAGGGAUAUGAAUGGUGCAAGGGACUACGUUAGACAGUCGGCCAUCUCUAACAACCAUUCAGCUUGUACCUGUGCCAUGAAGCCGAGGGAGAAAGGAGGGGUUGUCAAUGAGCGUCUGGUAGUACACGGUACUGCAAAUUUGAGAGUUGUAGACGCGAGCAUCAUGCCUACAAUCCCAGGGGGAAAUAUCCAAUCGAGCGUAUACGCCGUCGCAGAACGCGCAGCAGACUUGAUCAAAGAAGACGCCAGAUGA